AUGAACUUUCGGCCGUCGCCUCUUGUAUUUGCUGCGCUGGUCGCACUACUAUCUCCCGUUGUUUCUUCGACUGCGAGAACCGGUAGCAGCAACACAGAUCAUGCAUCGGCUUUGAUAUCGUGGGUGCGAUCCAAGGGUGGAUUUGUCAGCGACAAGAUUAAAAUUCGUCGUCAAGAUCCGAGCAAUCCAAAUUCCUAUAUGGGCGUCUUUGCUACUGCCGAUAUCGCCGAGAAUGAAACGGUGCUGCAAAUUCCGAAAUCAUGUUACUUGGGGUUACAACCCGAUGAAAUGGAAGACACGGAUCUGUACUACCGGAAAGAUGUAGGUGUGGACCAAGCGAAUCAAGUGUACUUUGCCAAUACGUGUCGAUUGGCUCAAAAGUUGCUAGAGGAGACGCGAAAAUGGAGAGACGACCCGGAAGCGUCCUACUACGGUCCUUAUCUCGCUUAUCUCGACACGAUACCCACGGGAAUGCUACCUGCCACCUACAGCGAACCGGCUAAGAAUCUACUCCGCAAAAUCCAAGGUCGCAUCACCAACGCCACUGCUAGUAGCGACACACAGUACAGCCAACCACCGUUAGUGGAUUGGAUUGAGGAACAGUUUGUUCAAACCAAAUGCAUUACUCCAAGUAAGCCCGAGGAAGUCCAAGCCGUGGCCUUGACCAUUCAACGCGGCUACGACAGCGAAUUUAUCCCCGUGUGGGACAUGGUCAAUCAUCACAAUGGAAAACUCAAUGUCGACAACACGCCCCUCCGCAGUGACGAAGGAGUCAGGGCAUGGGCUAUGGCACCCAUUCACGUCGGAGACGAAUUGUUUGCUACUUAUAACUACUGCACGGAUUGCUACAAUAUCGGUGAUGACUGGGGCACACCGGGGAUCUUUCGCGAUUUUGGAUUUGUCGAAGAGCUCCCUCAAGUCUGGCCAUUUUGGGAACACCAAAUCUAUUAUGAAGUCGUGCAAGACGACGCCGAGCAUAUUCAUGCCGUCUUUUCCCAGGAGGCGGGAAAGACGGUGGGGGUUCCGGAUGACAAGGGACUACAGUACUUGCGGGAGGAAUUAACUCGCUUGGAAGCGAUUGAUUUGAAUGCAGAAGCAGUCAAUAGCUUGCCCCAACAUGAGUCGGAGAUGAUUGCCAGAUACCACAAAGAUUUCAUAAUCGCCUUGACGGCUGGCAUUGAGGCCACGCUGGAUGGGCACCAUUCCGCAGAAAUUUGUGGGGAUGAGUUGUGA